AUGGAAACGCAGUUUCCUGACCCAACUAACAUCAAGAGGUUUGAGCUUUUGAUUAGUCCAGAUGAGGGGAUGUACAGGGGUGGUAAAUUCCGCUUUUCCAUAUCUGCGAACGACAACUAUCCACAUGACCCACCAAAAGUGAAAUGUCUUCAAAGAGUUUAUCAUCCCAAUCUUGACCUUGAUGGCAAUGUUUGCCUUAACAUUUUGCGCGAAGAGUGGAACCCUAUCUUAAAUCUCAACUCAGUCGUCGUGGGUCUUUUGUUCUUGUUCCUCGAUCCGAACGCCGAUGAUCCACUCAACAAAGGCACGUAA